AUGGCGGGCGCCGACGAAGCGAUACCUCGCGCCAAGCGGCUGAAGCUUUUGCGCGAGGCGAAGGCUCGUAAGGAACGUGGUGAGGUAGAAAAUGAUGCAGCAGUCGAUCCGGAUGCUGCAGCGCCGGAUGUAGUGGACGCGUCGAUUGAGGUGGAAGCGGAGAAGCCGAAUGACCAGCAGGACACGGACAUGACUGACGAAAAGACAAAAGACCUCGUAGAGAGAGUGGACCAGGUGCAGGAGGAGAAUGCAAAGACUGAAGAUGAGAGCGAAGAUGAGCUGCUGAAUCUCGCACCCAAACGCGCUAAUUGGGACAUGGAGCGCGACAUAGCGCCCAUGCUACGCAAGCUGGAGAGGCGCACCCAACACGCGAUUGUCGAGAUUUUGCGCGAGAAGCUUGCAGCAGAGCAGCAGGAAGAAGAUAGCGACAAUGACGAGGAACAUGAGGAGGAGGCCGAGGAGGAGGUCGAGGAGGAGGAGGAGGUAGAUGCAUAG